GUGGUGAAAAGUAAUUGUCUGCCAUUAUGUUUAGGUGAGAAGAUCGGUGCAGGAGGCUGGCUGUUACAUAACGCUGCAAGCGUAGGAUGUGAGUGGUGAAGUUUGCGAGGGCGGGCGGGGCUGCGCGCGGCGCGGAUCGAUCGCCGCCCGCCCAGUCCCUCGCAGAGCGCGCCCCGAGCGCACGACUCGACACCCGGCGAUCUUCUAGUGUUGCGAUGAAGCAACGCAGAGACCUCUUUAUAAGCACAUAUAAUGCUAAAACUACCCAAAGGCCUUAAGAAGAAGAAAAAGGGAAAAAAGUCCAAACGCAAGGACGAGGAGUUAUUUACCGAAGAGGAGCUCGAGAAGUACCGCGCGGAGCAUCAGCAACCGGCUGAGUCCGGCGAACCCUCCAAGGAGAAUGAGGAGUGGUCCAAGUUCAAGGACUUGACCACUGGCAUCGACAGUGUUCUCAAGAAGACUCAGGGUGAUCUUGAUCGCAUCAAGUCCACCUCGUUCUUCCAACGCAUUCCUGCGGGCGUCAAGGAGCUCCCGCCGUCGCCGCCACCUCCGCCCACGCGCCAGGUGGUCACCGUCACCGCCGCCGACUUCCCGCAGCUCGCCGCUGCCGAUGAGCACGACGACGCGAGUGACAUCGGCGUCACCGACGACGAGUCUGAGGACGACCAGGACGAUAUCUUCGAUACUUCGUAUGUCGAGGCCGUAGAGAGAGGAGAAGUCAAGCUCGCAGUCGUCCCCGACUCGCCGGACGACGCGCAGGACGACGAUCUAUUCGAUACAUCUCACCUCGACGCCCUCAUCAAGGGACAGGAUCCUAAAACAUCCACUGGAAAGAAGGGACUAGACAUUGGAAUCGCCGUAUCCGUCCUCACAGGUCGGAUAGAUAACGUUACUGUCACUACUAAACGGUCGCAGAAGAGGGCUAUCCCGGCAGACUUGUUGUUAGAGGGUGACAACAGUGACCCUUCAGCCGCUCCGCCCGUAACCCCCGUCGCGCCCAGCGAACCCGAGGAGAAGAGUAUCCUCGACAUCGAUGCGGACAUACCUAUCAAUACUCCGAUAGACCUAAGUGUUUCGCUUCAUACGUCUUUGAUUCAACAAAAUAAAACUCAAGAAGAUCCUCUAGAAACUGAGAUUCCUGAUGAGCCUCAACCGGUAGAAGAAGAAGACGACGAAUUUAUUCAACUAGCGGCAGAAUCCUUCGAAGUUAGUGCGGAAGUAACUAAACUUGAACAAACUGAAAUAGUUGCAGCACCUGUGAUUCAGGAGUCGUGGUCAGUUUUUGAAGCCGACAAAGUAUCUGAAGUAUUUGCAGAGGGUGUCGCGGAGGAUCAGAUAGACGUUAUCGACCCCUAUCUCGACCAGGACGAUCCGUUUGAUACGAGCUUUGCAGACGCGGUAGUCCCCGUAAGCGCUGCUGCAUUUAAAAAGGAAGCUGUUAUUUUAGAAGACGACGACGAUUUCGACCCUCGAGCCGAAGAAAACAGAGCGAGGUUAAAUAACCGACGGAAAUCUUCCGUUCGUAUUCACUUAAUUGACCCAUCUGGCAUCAGAGAGUCCAUCACUUCCGACGACCUUGGGGAUAAGGAGGAGUCGCACCCAGCGCGUGACUUAUUAGGUGGCAGCACCACCGAUUUGACGGCUCUCGGUGAUUCUCCUCUCGAUCCUGUGGAUAUUAAUGAGGAUGAAAUAGAUCCUUUUGAUACUACUAUCGUUGAUAAAAUAGUCGCGCCGGGCAGGGUCGAAUUGAAAUUAUUGGAACAGGAGCUGAUCGGAGCUAAGUCCGUACCGACAGUGCCUGUGUACCGUGUACUUAGCGACCCCGAUUUUGACCCGCGUGCCGAAGAACCCGCACCUUUAUCCGAACGGCGUGCCAGUCGUCCUGAGAAUCUUACCUACAGCAAGAGCGUAGUGUUUGACGUCGACCCUACGCUCCAGCCUGACAAGCCCAAGACCGUCAAGCCUGUUACACCAUACUACACGCGCGAGGUCUCGAUCACAGAGGACACGGAAGACGGUGAAGCUAGCGACACCGUCCCCGGGACUUUGACUAGAACUCGUUCGGACGAGGAUUUGGCAUCCAAGUUCACCUAUCAGAUAAAGAGACGGCAUUCCGAGCUCCCACAGUCAAGCCAGAGCAAAGCAAAGCCGAGUCUGCUAGAAACCGCUCCAAUCGACAUCCAGACUAAGGUUCUGACUCCGUGCACCCCGAAACCCCAGCCACUUGUGGAGGAGGAACUUGACCCCUUCGACACUUCGUUUGCCGGGGAACUAGCACCAACUAAAACAGAGUUAAAGUUGUUGGCAAAAGAAUUCUCCUGCGACGAAACUAACGUACCAGACGGACCUCAGGAUCUAUUGGACCCGUCAGACGAUAUAUUCCAAAUUAAAGCGCUUACUCCUGAGCCCUCAAUCAUUUCUCGACUGCCAGAGGAGGAGUUAGAUCCAUUCGAUACCUCGUUUGCGGGCGAUCUUCAACCAGGAAGAACUGAAAUUAACAUGGGAGAGCCAGUUGCGCCGGUGACGACGGAAGCUGUCAAUCCGUUUAUGAUGACGACGGAUGAAGCACCGGUGGAGUACACUGGCGACAACCCUUUCGCAGCCAGCAAUCCUUUCUCAGACUUUGGGUAUGACCCGCCCGCCGGUGAUGUGCCUUCUGAUAUAUUCGGUGCCGAGCCCACUGGUGGUGCUACCCAAUUUGACGGUUUCACUGCACCCGCUGAGCCUGCCGGUGGGUCCACCCAUUUCGAAAACUUCACUACGCCCACCGCGCCUGUUGAUUUGUUUGGCGCUCCGCCGGUCAAGCCGACCGAACUUGAGCUAGUCAACACAACAUCGGACUUCUCCUUUGGAGAAGAUGCUAAUAAAGCGGGACCACUUCACCCGCUCCCACCGGAGACCCAGAAUCUUAUCCUGACUGUCACCGGACAGAUGGAGUUUACGAGCUCGCACUUGCUCGACCGCAUUCCGCCGACACGCACGCCAAGUCCCGUGUCUGUGCGUGACAUACACUCAGCUUGUCCGACGCCGGAGCCUGAGUUGGAGCCGCUACCAUUGGAUGAACCAGCGCCUGUGCAAGCGGCGGCUCCCGUUGUCCCAGUGCAGUCAGACUUCGAUAUCAAUCGCAACAAGCCGAUGCGACCGCCACCCGCACGGCCUCCCGCGGCUCGCCCACCUCCACCCCGUCCUGCGCCGCCACCGGUUCCACAGGCACCGGCACAACAACAGCCAACUACGGACGAUAUUAACCUCUUCGACGCUCCGGCUCCCGUAACUGUGAAACCAACCAAGGAGGCUAUUUUAAGUUUGUAUUCAGCACCAAAGCAGGAGGAGAAGCCGAUUGAUUUCCUAAGUGAUGAUAUAUUAGACAAUGUUCCAGCUGUAAAUGCUGAAGUGCCGAACACUACAUCGGCACCGGUUCCAGCAGCCCCGGUCCCAGCAGCCCCGGUCCCAGCAGCCCCGGUAACCGCCGAGCCAGUUGCUGCAGUACAGAAGCCGUCGCCACCAAAAGCUCGUGAGCCACCUCCAUUACCGCCAGCGCCCGCAGUAGCAGCUGCGCCGAUCAUGCCAGAAGCAGCACCUAUGGACUGCUCUGAGCCGGCCGAAGCUGUGCCCCUAACGAAUACAACACCAUUCUCCGAGGUCACAAAUGAUAAUUUCUCGAUGGAGCCGCGCGACGAAGAGAUGAACCCCUUUGAGCCCGGUGCUACGUUUACGGACUCCACUCCAUUCACCGGUGCAGGCACUAACAUUUUCGGAGUGCAGGAGGGAGAGUAUACGGCUCAGAGCAACGACACUUUCGGCGCAGUUGAUAACGGUUUUGGAGCCGCUUCUAAUGGAGCAUUUGAAACCUCAGCGACCAACAUUUUUGCCACACCAAACGACGCGUUUGCGGACAACGAAAACAGCUUUGGUAUGGAAAAAGGCAGCGCAUUCGACGCACCGGCACCUACGACAACAGUGGCGUCGGCGGGGUGGGAUGCGGCACCGGCUCCGGCGGCGGCGGGUUGGGAUACCGCACCCGAGGCCAUGGCGCAGGACGCCUUCCCAGACUCACAAGACGCCUUCGACGCUUUCUCUGCCAAGUUCGACAACACUGCCGCCAAACACCUGAACACAGGCGCAUGGGGCGAUGACGGUGCUUCAGAAGAGACCCAAGGAGGCUUUGAGGCGGAGGCGUUCGACCCGUUCUUGAGCAUGGGCGCUCCCCCGGCUCCCGCCGCGACGCCGCGCUUGCAAUCACAGGGCUCGAAGGACUCUGCUGAUGACUCCUUCUCACUAUUCAUCAGACCAAAGGACAGUACCGGUGGAGAUGCGGGCGCUGCGGUGCCUGCGUUGGCGCCCCCGCCUCGUCCGCAGGCCUUGCCGGAGUCUCCGCGCGCCAACCCGUUCGACAAGAGCGCGGAAGCCCCGAUCCCUCGCGCCGAUGCUUACGAGGAACAGCGCCGCGGCUCCGGUGGUUCGGGCGGUGAGACGCCACCAACGCCGUUGUUCGACGACGACGUAUCCCAGCCACUCGAGGACUUCCCUCGGACCAAGUACGACGGACCUGGCUGGGAGAUGCAGCUCAGACAGCCGGUCAAGAAAAAGAUUACGGGACAGAGGUUCUGGAAGAAGGUGUUUGUGCGUGUGGCCACGCAGGGCGAAGCGCCCGUGCUCCAACUCUUCAAGACCGCUCAAGACAAGGAGCCAUAUCAGGAGCUGCCUCUGCAGGCCUGCUACUCAGUGUCAGAAGUCGGCGCGCAGCAGUUCGACACCUUUGGCAAGAUAUUUACGGUCAAGCUGCAGUAUGUGUUCUACAAGGAGCGCCCGGGUGUCAGGCCCGGGCAGGUGACGAAAGCGGAGCGCAUCACGAACAAGCUGUCACAGUUCGCGGCAUACGCCAUCCAGGGCGACUACCAGGGCGUCAAGGAGUUCGGCAGCGACUUGAGAAAGCUGGGGCUGCCCGUGGAGCACGCGCCACAGGUGUCUCAGCUAUUCAAGCUAGGUUCCCUCAACUACGAGGACGUGCUGCAAUUCUCAUGCUGCAUAGAAGAGGCGCUGUUCCGGCUGUCAGCACACCGCGACCGCGCGCUGGCUUACAAGAUGGAGGAAGUCCAAGUUACUGCUGUUGAUGAGUUGUAUGUGGAGCAAGAUGCUGACGGGUCUGUGCAUAAACAGAUUGCUCGUGUCAGGCUAUUCUUCCUUGGAUUCCUUAGCGGCAUGCCGGACAUCGAGCUAGGCGUGAACGAUCUCCGGCGCCAAGGCAAGGAGGUGGUCGGGCGGCACGACAUCAUCCCUGUAGUCACCGAGGAAUGGAUCCGCGUCGAGGACGCAGAGUUCCACGCUUGCGUGCAGCCCGAGGAGUUCCACAACACGCAGAUUAUCAAGUUCAAGCCACCAGAUGCGUGCUACAUCGAGCUGCUCCGCUUCCGCGUGCGCCCGCCCAAGAAUCGCGAGCUGCCGCUGCAGCUGAAGGCGGUUUGGUGCGUCACUGGGAACAAGGUGGAGCUUCGUGCAGAUGUGUUGGUGCCAGGCUUCGCAUCUCGGAAGCUAGGACAAGUUCCGUGCGAGGAUGUCGCUAUCCGAUUCCCUAUCCCUGAGUGCUGGAUCUAUCUGUUCAGAGUGGAGAAGCACCAUCGUUACGGCUCUGUCAAAUCUGCGCACAGACGUACAGGCAAGAUUAAGGGAAUCGAGCGGUUCCUCGGCGCCGUGGAUACGUUGAGCGAGUCCCUGAUAGAAGUGACGUCAGGGCAGGCCAAGUACGAGCAUCAGCAUCGCGCGUUGGUCUGGCGGAUGCCACGACUGCCUAAGGAAGGGCAAGGCGCAUACACAACGCACAACCUGGUCUGUCGCAUGGCUCUCACUUCCUACGACCAGAUCCCCGCGGAGCUGGCUCGCGCCGCUCACGUCUCGUUCACGAUGCCGGCGACGCAAGUGUCUCACGUGACCGUGCGCUCCGUGUCACUGCAGAAUCAUGACCGCGACGAUCCGCCAGAGAAAUACGUGCGGUAUCUCGCGAGGCACGAGUAUAUCGUGGGCAUCGAGCGUACAACGGGCACAGCAAACGCGCCGUCGGCGUACGCGGCCGCCGCCGCCGUGCCGCGCGCGCCCGCGCCCGCGCCCGCGCCCGCCGCCCCGCAGCCCCCCUCCUCAGACUCCGACUCCGACUGAACGGUCGAGUUCACUCUCUAACUGCGUUUACACACUAUCUGGGGCCUAUUUCUCGAAGCUACAUACUCCUUUACUAGUGGCAGUUCGAUGUCUAAUAUGACAAGUUGGAAAGAGACUUCCGCUUGUAACUUGUAAAUUUCAGUUUUGGGAAAUGGGCCCCGAUCCGACAUCGGGUGUAGGACCGAUAUCCUAUACAUUAUAUAAAAAAAUAAUGCGCCAUCUUUAAAAAUGCCUAUGAAAUCCUUCCUACAUCCGAUAUCGGAUCGAAUAAUGUGAAAACGAUCUAUGGUUGGCGAGGCUUCCGGUAGGUGAGAAGGUUCUCACAGUAUAUGUAGUAGGUCAGCAGUUUGAGAUCGAUCUCGAAAGCGUGGUUGUCGGCCGGCAUCUAUCGAGAUCAACCGUGAGCCCUUGGAAGCUUGGCCGGCCGCGUAGACAGUGUUUAGAGUUUAGUUAUGAGUGAACACUCGAGCGGGUGAGCGUGACCGGCGGGGCGUGCUACAUUAUACACUACUGCGAACGUUAGCGAGCGGCCAUACUGUAAAUCGUCCCGGGACCUUGACGCUGCGCCACACGCUCCACCGAUAGCGCCGCUAUACUCGCCACCGCGACAGAGUUCCGCUUCGCUGUGUUGUUCAAACAUAAAGAAGAGGAUGUAAAAGGUGUAGUAAUAUUUUUCAGAUACGGUUUUAGAACAGAAUAAAAUAAAAUAUCAACUUGUGAAACCUAAAAAUGUCAAGAAGGUAUUACAACUAAUUUUAAAUUAGGUACCAUCGAGUCAUGGUCAUGACUUAUCUCAGAUGCAGAGACACCAUCUAGUACACCGUCACAAAACAGUAUUUAGACCACGAACUGUGACCUUCUGUCUUUUGCUCCUAAUUAAACUGUGAAAUCAUCUAACAUAAUCUCAUAUUGAAUAUAAUAAUAUACAGGAAGGAAAUCACGUCAGAUAUUUUUUGCAUUAUAUAUUUUGUACACAUUUGAACUUUGUGGACCCUGAAAGUAGGAUUUUGAAUGUAUAAGUAAGUAUUACCGAUCUCCCAAGUGAUGUUAUUGUUAUUAUUUUUCUAAUAUUAUUGUACAGAUUAUCUAGGUUGUGUUUCUAUUUAUUUAGUUUAAGUAGUGAAAGUUUAUUAAUAUUUAGAUUCUAUUAUUUAAUAUUUAAUAAUUUUCGACACAAGAUGCUAGUACUGUAAUUUUGUAUGAGUAUAUAAGAAUUUGAAGUAAUCAGUAACUUAGAUAAAGUCAGUUAGUAAGGCAGAGAUAAAUUUCAAUAAUGGUCCAUUUAAUUUUAAAUCAGGUAGUGAUUGAUUGAAGUUGUAAUAUUUAUAGGAAAAUUUGUUAUGAUGUUGUUAUGCUUCGAUCGUUUGUUUGUGCGUGGAGAGUUAUAGGAGAGUUAAGUGAAAGAGAUCUAAAAGAUGUACCUAUUUAUUGUAAACGGCGCAACAACCCAUUGAAUAAUACCUACUAACUUCAGCUUUUUUGAACCCAAUUCAAAAACUUUACGUAAGACUUUUUUAAAGGUCUUUUUCAAAUAUAUCUAUGUUUGCGAUCUCCGACCCAUACAAAAAGUAUAAGCUACCGCAAACAUAUUCUCAAAAAAAUUGCUCCUUUAACGACAAAAAUCGAGAUCGAAGAAAAUCGCUCGAUUUUUGCAAUUCGUAUUCAAGACGCUGAUGUUAGUAGGAGAUGUUAAUACACAUCGAUGCGUCAUUAAAAUAUCUUAGACAGCAGAAACACAUUGUUCUAUUCAUGCAAAAUAUCCAGAUACAUGUUACAAAAAAAUCCAAGUGAUCACGCUCAACGUCUAGCGUCAGUGGCUGCGUCAACUGCCUUAUCUAUUGCCCAUUUUAUGAAGCAGUUGCGUUACAGCGUCGCGAGAGCGGAAUCGCCUGUUGCGUUUUCAAUACAUGUUCCUUUUAUUACGUGUGAAUAAUUCUACCUCGUUGCGUCGUACCGAGGGCCUAGGGGGAGAUCUCCUGUACAUAGUAGUGAUGAUAAUGAGCUUCGGACGAAAACCCGCCGACACGAGUCCAAUUGUUUGCUACUGUUAUUAUAAAAAUGUAACUACUCUAUAUUUUCAUAAAAUACGUACUAAAAUAUAUCAACAUUUUUGAGAUUAUAAAUUAAAAUACGAAUAUUAUGUCUCCCGCGUAUAGUGUAAGCUUUAGAAGCUCGAAACGCCAGUGAAUCGCGAGGCAGGCAAAUAUGUUAUACCAAAGCAUAUUAGAAUAAAUAAAAUUGCUUAUCUAAUGUAUGUAAUGGGUGACAAUAGCGGUAGCAGUGUUUAAAUAUUGUAAGAGAACAUCAAGUGUCUAGAGAUGCUCCAUUAUCAUAAUGAUAAGAAAAGUAGUGUAAGGUAGGCUAGACGCGGCGACGACCCGGCACCUACGAUUGUGAUAAUAAUAUCAUCUCCAUAGUUGUUGAUCAUUAUAUUAAUGUAUGUUACUACACUUAUAGCAAUAAAGUAUCCAUAUAACGUGCUAAUUUGAGGUUGUUUUAAGUUGUCACACUUGGUCCAGCGAGAUUUACGGCGCGUUUACACUAUUUCAAUAUUCAAUGUAGUGUAAACGCUCUUUUAUAUCGAUGGCAUGGAGUAACUACUAGAAAUAACCAUUGACCUAUAGCGUCUGUCUGUGUGUCUGUUUGCUGCGUGCUUCCUGUGAACCGAGCUUCGCUCGAAGCACUACCCUGUAUGUAGGUAUUGUAUAAAGCUCACAAAACUAGUACAAUUUCCAAUAAGUAGCAACCUAAACACUUGUUCGAAUUUCUACUAUAUCUGUAUGCCUAUUGGGAAAGUAUAAUCUAUAUUAUAGCGGUGUUCAUGGCGAUUACAAGUUAACGGUACCUAUAUAUGCAUAAGUCUAGUGCUAAGGAAAACCAUAUAUUGUAGAAAGUUUAUACUAGCGUCUUUUGAGCGUCUUCGUCUAGUCGACAAUAAGGUGUCGACAAUAAUGUCUCUACACAGCGCUCAUUUACGUUAACAUCGCGUCAAGCAGCAGUUAUUUAGUCGAAUAACGACUCCACGCAGUGACGCCAGUGUGGCUAAAGCGUCAAAGGUGUGAGCUGAAAACAGAGAUAAGACCAUUCGCAUUCCCACUUAAUGUCGCAGCUCACCGCUGCAGCACUAUGUCGUUACUGAGCCAAUAGAGUUCACUAGAAGUCGACGCUCAACGCUAGUGUGAUCUCUCGUAUACCUCUCCGCUCGCGGUGGGGCCCCACAGUGAGAUAUUCGCAUGUACCUUGUAACCACGCAGAUGGAUCCUAUGUUCUGUUGUCAAUAAAAAAAUAUGACUGUGAA